GCAUUCUGCAUUCAUAUACAUACAUGAAACAACAUGUGGUGCAUAUAAAAAAAGACCACAGAAAUAGAGGGAGAGAGAAAGGAAGAAGAAGAUAACAACUACAUCCACAGAAAACACACACAGGAAGCUUGAUCGAUCCAUCAUUCUUCAUUCAACCCCUCAAAGAAAAGAAAGUCUAGGGCUGAAAUCAAGUAAUUGAUUGGAGGAAGGGAGAGAGAUGGGAACAGUGGUUCAGUGCAUCUCCUGCCGCCUUCCAUUGAUGAGCAACAAUCAGCAGCAGCAGAAGCAGAAGCACAGAGCUCCCCAUCAAGAAACUGCUGCUGAGGAAAGAUGGAGAUUAAACAGGAGGGCAAUUUUGGCAUCUGGGACUGGGGGGAUUAUUGCUUCUGUCGGACUCGGAGAGGGAAUGGGCAUGGCAUUGGCAGUGGUCAAACAGGGCCUUCUGGCAGGGAGGAUACCAGGCUUGUCCGAACCUGAUGAACAAGGCUGGAGAACCUACAGGAGGCCCGACGAUAAGUCCGGAGGUCACGGCGUCGGAUGGAGUCCCAUCAUACCCUAUCAAUUCUCCGUCCCUGACGAAUGGGAUGAGCUUCCUGUGUCGAUUGCUGACCUUGGAGGCACAGAGAUCGAUCUGAGGUUCGCUAGCCCUAAGGAGGGGAGGCUCUUUGUCAUCGUCGCCCCUGUUUUAAGAUUCGCAGACAAUCUAGGUGAGGAUGCAAGAAUCGAACAGAUAGGGACUCCCGAGAAAGUGAUCAAUGCAUUCGGCCCCGAGGUGAUCGGGGAGAGCGUCGAAGGGAAGGUGCUGAGCACCGCAGUAGCUGCCGACCACUCUGGGAGGAAAUAUUACAAGUAUGAAAUAGAGCCGCCCCAUGUUCUUAUCACAGCAACCGCUGCCGGAAAUCGACUCUACUUGUUCAACGUUACAGGGAGCGGUCUUCAAUGGAAGAAACACUACAAGGACUUGAAGAAGAUACAAGACUCAUUUCGUGUAAUCUAAAGAUGAUAGAUAUUGUAUUGUGUCGUAAAGCAGCAGAUCAUGUAAGAUUUGAGGUAUAUAUAAUUUUGUACGCCAUAGCGCACAAGUCCAAAAGCUUAAAGAACACAUUUCUGAUCACAAUACACAUCA